ACCAUUUCAGCUUUUUCCUUGGGUCCAUUAGGGUUUUUUCACUAACAUUAAAUUGAAGGUAGGUUAGUGGUUUUUGGUUUUCUCUGAGACUUUACAGCACCAGCGGCAGAGCGGCGAGGUCAUCAACAUCACCAUUUGUUCGUCAUGGUUCUCAAGACUGAGCUUUGCCGAUUCAGCGGUGCUAAGAUUUACCCUGGCAAGGGUAUCAGAUUUAUUCGAUCUGAUUCUCAGGUUUUCCUCUUCGCCAAUUCAAAAUGCAAGAGGUACUUCCACAACCGUCUGAAGCCUUCAAAGCUUACCUGGACUGCCAUGUAUAGGAAACAACACAAGAAGGAUAUUGCUGCUGAGGCUGUUAAGAAGAAGCGCAGAACUACCAAGAAGCCAUACUCAAGGUCUAUAGUCGGUGCUACCUUGGAGGUUAUCCAGAAGAGGAGAACUGAGAAGCCAGAGGUCCGGGAUGCUGCUCGUGAAGCUGCUUUACGUGAAAUCAAGGAGAGGAUCAAGAAAACCAAGGAUGAAAAGAAGGCAAAGAAAGCUGAAUUGGCCGCCAAGACAAAGACCCAAAGCAAGAGUAAUGUGUCUAGAGGUGCUGCACCGAAGGGCCCCAAGCUUGGUGGUGGCGGUGGAAAGCGAUGAUUUCCUUUUCCAUUUAUGAAGUAGCAACAAAUGAAAAUUUUGUUAUUCCAUAUUCGUGUACGGAUAGUGUGAACACUUUGUUGGUCUUGUAUUACAUCUCUUUACAGAUUUUCUGAAUCUAGUUUUUUAAUUGAUAUUCUAUUUAUCAUAAAGGCUUCUUAGAACAUUAA